CGUUUAUUUUCAGUAGGAGCAGUAGCUCCAAAUGCAGUACCACUAUUUUUCACCUCGCACGCGCCCUGCCCGGAUGGACCACCAUUACCCAUAACGUGCGAUCCGAAGCACCCAUGGCCUACAUGUCCUCCUCAGUCCUACUGUUACGCCACCAACUCUGUUGACUUCGGUCCAUACUACUGCUGUCCUAUGUCAGCGUCAGGGCCGUCUUGGAGGACAACUGCCCACUUCUAUAGCUCAGUGCAACCGAUGCCGUACAGCUUGCCCAACGUAAUAACGGAGACCGCCCACUGGCCAGCUUCCGCCGGUACCCCUCCAUUGAAAUCUAGAAAGUGUUCCAUGAGAAAUUGCUUCAACAUUCACGAAGAAAACAAGGAAAUGAAGAAAACGAUCAAAUUCCUCAUCGAUCGGUGGAUGGAAAAGCAGAACUUAGUGAGAAUAUGA